CGGAAAAGUAGAAUUAGAACAUCAAACAAUAAAAGAUUUGAAAGCUUUAGCAAAAAUUGUUUUUGAUGGGGUACUGAAUAAAAAACUUGAGCGGGAGGCAGAAAAGUUAGAUUGCCGUAUUCAUGAAUUACGAAAAAGCUACCAACCCUUAAGCAAAAUCAGGGACUUUUUUUCGCUUGAAGAAUAUAGAGACAUCGCUCAAGAAAACAAAGAUGAUGCUCGGAAAAUGCCUUUUCAAUCAAGGUUAGAAGAGAUGCGUAAUUCUGCAAGAAUUAAUAUUGCAAUUUUUUAUAUAAUGGACACUGGUGACAACGAAAGGGAACAAGCUAUCAAAAUUAUUAAGGAAGUCAGAAAUUCAAUAAACAAAAAUUUUCAGUUUGUAGGCACAGCUAAAUCACGUUUAGAAGUCUUGGAGGAUUUCUUGUGGGUCAUCAGUGGCUCGGAAUUACCUGAGGAGCCAAUUGAAAUAUCACCAACAACCUUUCCAAAAGCAAAAAAGUCGGCUCAAGACAUAGAUAAUGAUGAAUAUGUUCGCUAUCUAAACAAUAAAUUACAGCAGACAUCUUCCGACCAAGAAAAAAUACAGUUAUAUAAUGAAUUAGCAGCAAAUUACAUGCAACUAGCUGAAAAGAAGGACAAAAUUAACAAAUUAAUGGGCUUAUGUCAUUGGCAAGCUGCUCAAAAGAACUAUGAGAAUGCACGUGAAAUUGACUCUAAAAAUCCAAAUUCUACUUUUGGUUAUGCAAAAUGUUUACUAAAGUUGUCUAAAUAUACACAGCUUAUUCAACUUCCUAACGCAAGCCCAUCCGUAGCAUUAUUAUCGGACUACUGGCGUUUGUGUAGCAUUGCUUACUGUAAACGAGCUAAUUAUGACAAAGCUGAGGAAUAUAUCACUGAAGCAUUGAGACUAGAUAAUAAUAACAAAUUAGCUGUUAAGCAGAGAGAACUUAUCAUGAAACUAGGUAAAAAUUUGAAUGAAAAUCGCUAUAAAAAAGAAGAAAAAUCCAUAAAAUAUGAAAAGGAUUAUUUUAACAAUUCUCGUAGUAAUGAGAGUCCCGUUUAUAACAUUUUAUCAAUUGACGGAGGAGGCAUACGUGGAAUUUUACCUGCUUUAUGGCUCAAAGAGAUAGAACAUCGCUCUCACAGACCCAUUUCUCAUCUAUUUAAUAUGAUUGCCGGAACAUCAACUGGCGGUUUCACUGCCGCUGGAUUAUCAGUACCGCGCUCUUGGCAGUUAUCAGAUUUUAUACCAAAAUUUUCAGCUUCAGAUAUAUUGAACACUUACCAGAAUGAAUCAAGAAAAUUAUUCGCAACUGAUAAUACAUGGUGUUACUGGGAUCCGAAAUAUACAGAUAAAAGUCGUUAUCAGCUAUUUAAGAAUCUUUUUAGUGAAACGAAAUUAAGUCGCGCACUCACUAAACUUAUUGUUCCUGCGGUAAAUGAAAAUGAUUUAGCACAGCCACAUUUAUUUAUGAGUUAUAAUGCUAGCUCAGAAAAUGAUACUUUUUAUGAUGCUUUAAUGGCUACGACAGCUUCUCCUACUUUUUUCUCACAUCACAAUAUAAAGAAUAAAG